UUCGGCCCAAAUGUAAGCACUCAGGCCCAUAAAAAGAUAAAAAACCCUAGCAUCUUAUUGGAGUAGAAAACCCUAAAUAGCAGAGGAGACGGACGCAGCCGAAGCUUAUCACAUCUUCAAGAACCAAAGAAGCGAAAAUGAGUCGCGGAGCAGUUGCCGGAGCCAAGGGCAAGAAGAAGGGAGCUUCGUUCGUGAUUGACUGCGGGAAGCCGGUGGAGGAUAAGAUCAUGGACAUCGCCUCACUGGAGAAGUUCCUCCAGGAGCGUAUCAAGGUCGGCGGCAAGGCCGGAGCUCUCGGUGACUCUGUUACCGUUUCUCGUGAGAAGAACAAGAUCACCGUCACUUCUGACAACACAUUCUCCAAGAGGUAUCUCAAGUACUUGACCAAGAAAUACUUGAAGAAGCACAAUGUGAGGGAUUGGCUUCGUGUGAUUGCAUCCAACAAGGACCGCAAUGUGUAUGAAUUGAGAUACUUCAACAUUGCAGAGAACGAGGGCGAGGAAGAAGACUGAGAAAUCAGUCUCCUAUUUUGAGGCACUAUCCAUUAAGCUUAGUUCUAGAACUUAUCGUGUUUUCCCCUGGCUUGAUAGACUUUUAUUUGGGCUUGACUGUGAAAUUAAGUUUAUCCUCCGAGUAUUUUGUACUGAGAUUUAGUUUUUGAUUAUCACAUUAUCUUUCUGGUUAGUGCAAUACAUAUUGCUCUGAAGGUUAUGGUUA